CAUCCACGGUACUUCCGACCGCCACGCCUCCGCCCGCGGAGACGAUGACGGGCGCGAGCACGCGGACUCCACUCGCCCAACACGAAUGGCCGCGCGAUGCGCUGAGAUCGUGAUCCUCCGAGUGAUCUUCGAGGUUGAUGAUGCUGCGUUUGUGGCUGUUGUGCUGCUCUCCGCUACCGCCGCUACUGCCGUGGCGCCUGGCGGCGGGUCGCUGUGGUUGUGAGGGCUUGGCGAGGUGCAGGGAUGUGGCGCUGGUUGCACUGGAGGAGCUGCGGGUGCGACGGAUCCACCAGGGUGGGGGCUCGAUGGAGGCGAGCGGUCGAGCGGCGGCUGUUGUGGGAGGCGCUUCCGAUGGCGCUGAGUUCUUCUGUAUCUGGACAGUCGUGGUGGGUAUGGUGGACUCUGGGUAGGUCAAUGUCAGAUCUGGCUGAGGCUGAUUGGAUCGUUGGACGGAGUGCGCAAACAAAUGAGAUCGUGGGCGGCCGCUUGCUUGACGGUUGCCAAUGCAACGUGAGCGACUGGAUCCGCCUGGGACUGCACUCGAUGACGGAUCUCAGAGGAACAGACCACUCACGCGCGGUGGGUCUAGAGAAGCUGGAAUGGUUCGGCACGGCGCGAAGUAUCGUUGUGUUGCUCUGUAGGGUAAUGCCGAACACGAACCGAGUGAUCCUCCCCGGGUCAGGGUGGCGUGCCUUUAUUGGUGAAGUGGUUGGCUUCCGUGCAAUCACUAUGCUGCUGAAGUAUCUCUCUCACUGGCAGUGGCAAAGCGGCGGUUUCAUCGUCAGUACUAAGCGCAUCGAGGGUGGCAUCAUGUCAUGUUUCGUUGUGUGUGUGGUGUAUGGGGAAGUAGGGGGCCGCUGGACAUGAACUCUACGAUGAACAUACAAUGUGCGUUUCGAUGUAUAUGAGCCUAUCGUGAAA